AUGGACGCCGAGUCCCUAAUCAAAAUCUUGCGAGUGUACGACGCGUCGGUGGAUGCUGCGGCGGUGAAAACUGCGUUCGCCGACCCCAAGUCGACAGACUUCGCUCACUGGGCGACAGUCCACCUUGCUCACGACACAUUGCUUUCGCCCGAUGAGCUGAAUCAAUAUGCUGCUCUUGAGGAAUCAGGGUUGGCCGACAACCUCGCUACUUCGACGGAUCUCUCCGCAACCCGAAUCUUAGGGGAUCAGGAGCUCAGGGAUGCCAUCGACGAACUACAUCGUUCCACCCAGGCUAUCACGCGUCACACCGAGACGCUCAAGCAGCAACAAGAUGCCCUUAACCGUCUCGUCAAUGGCCGUCAGCAGGGCCGAGAUGCCCGGGGUGCUUUGGAAGUAGCGCGUACCCGAAGAUUGGAGUCGAAGCGCAGCGACCUUGCAACAGCAGUCCGCGAGCUGUCCGAGUCCCUGCAUUCUCGUGUUCUAGAAGCGAAGCAGCAGACGAGUGGAGCAGGUGUUGCCAUCCAGCAAACUGUGAGCUCUUUGCUUCACUCAGAUGACAAGCUCUUGUCUAGUCUCCAAAAGCUGGGAUGGGAGUUGCAAACUGAAGAUGCUGAAGAACAGGAGGACGUCGCUCUGCUGCGUGAGACUUGUGCAAGACUCAUUAAAUUUACAGUGGAGGGAAUCCGAACGAAGUUGGACCGUAUAUAUCUCGAAUCGCUCGAGGCCUCACUGCAAUCGGGGACCAACCACCGGGUCUCGGCUGACGAGGUAUCUGCGCUGCAAGAGGAGCUUGAGUCGCUGUAUGCCGAGAUCCUCCCCGUUGCACAGAUGUCAGCAGAACAACAGUUCCUCGAGCCGGCAUUGAAAAGUGUCGCCGCAAGAAACGGCUAUGCCCUUGCAAAGUCUGCUCAGGCGAUGAGCUAUAUUCACGAAUGCCUCGAUUAUCUGAUAGACCGCGCACAAGACCUGACCGCUCGACUCGAAGCAUUCCAGGCCUACCAGUUCGCGGCCGACGCUGUCCUCGAUAUUGCCAAAUGCGAGUUAGCCAGCACAUCCGAUGAAGCGCCUACAACAGCGAAGAAAAGCGUCAGCCCACCGGAAGACAUGUCUCCGGUCCGUCCUCGGCCUAAGCGAUCGCGGUAUUCUGUUGGUACGGUUGGAAUCGGUAAUGAACCUCCACUUGACGAAAUACUCCGAGUCCUCGCAAUAAGUCUUCCGCAGGAUGAGGAAGAUCGUCCUGCCAACUCAGAAACCCAGGCCAGGGAGCUGGCAUCAACUCUUGCCAGCCGCCGGGCGAAGGUAGAUGACGUAGCGCAGAGCGUCCAGGAGACUCUGGAAGCCGCCGCGGCAAAGCACAUUGGCAGUGGAAAGCAGGCAAUUCAGCUCGUCCGGGAUUCCAUUUUGGCCGAAAGUCCGUACGGGGAGGUUCGACUCGUGGAUCCCGAGAUCGAGAGAUCUAUCGGGGUUCUGUCACAAGAACUCAUGGCCCGAUUUGGUCAACUGCGGGGGAGGAACGCAAAGAGAGAUGAACUGAUACGCCGUUGGGGUUGA